AUGAGUUCCUCCAAGAAGAAAUCUUUUCGCCAGGAUUCCUUCAGCGUUGAGACUUCUCGCUUCUCAAACAUUAAUACAUCUCUUGCUCAAAACUCUCGCCAUUUCCGGGAGCCCUCCCUGAGACGUGGGUAUGGUAUGGCUUACGAGACACCAAAAGCUUUCAAUAUGAUCUGA